GUUGUGAUUGACAAGCCCAGUGUGUAUUUGCCUUCGAAACGCGUACGACGUGCUGCUGUGCUGUGUGGAUAGUUACACCACGAUCGAGUAGAGUAGUAGUAACCAGAACAACAGACACAUACAAUAAAUAAAAUCUAUAUUUUUUCGCCAGAGUCUUCGCUCAACAACCAAGAAGACCGACGACGAACCAGCAAGCAACCACAACAAACAUCAUCAAUCCCAAUCAAAAAAGAUCACAACAAAAAUUUUUAUUUUUAUUAUUGAAUGUAACAACAACACGACAAGACAUAUAAUCAUCAUCUUUCUAGUAAAACACAGAUGAAAAGAAGUAUAGCCCCUUAAAAUAAUAAAAAAAAUAAAUUUUGCAAAAGUUUAGAAAAGGGGCCGUGAUUUGAAAUUUUGAAAAACUCUGGAAAAACAAAAUAUUGCACAGCAUACAUUAACAACAAAAAAACGGCGUAUUUUUUUGUUUUGGAAAAUUACGGCGGUUUACAAAAGACCCAACAUAAACGGCGGUAACGCGUCUCCAUAAAAAACAAAAAUAACAACAAAUUGUGAAUUUAGUGAAAAUAAAACAAAAAUAACUCAAAAUCAAAAAGCCGUCGCUUUUUGUGGGCAAACGUGAAAAAACGCGCGCGCGAUUUAUUCUUCGUUCGGUUUAAUUUCAAAUUUAAGUUUUUCUUUUGGUUUUCCAUCAUCCAAACAACCAACCAUCUUCAGUUUAGAGAAAAACUGUGAUACAACAACAUAAAAAAAUUUUAAGUUUCUUUUUGCAAAAUAAAUAAUUUUUACAACACAGUGGUAUACGAAAACAAAAAUAUAUUUUUUGGACUCCCUGCAAAAAACAAAACAAACAAACAAAAACAAAUCAUAAAACAAAACAAGAAACAUGGAUUUAUGACCCCCCACACAAUAAUAAUAACAACAACAAGUAAUAAAUUAUAAUAGUUAUAACAACAACAACAAGUAUACUAAAAGUCAUGCUUAAAUAAUUGCAACAACAACAACCACAACAAAAUUGUAUACGAUUUUUUCUAAAACAAAAAAUAUAAAAAUUAAAAUUAUUACAAAAAAGAAAAGUUUUUCUUAUAAAUGUGCCUAAAAAUAAGUCAAAGCAAAGGAAAAGCAAGAUAAAAUAAUCUAUAGAAGAAGAAGAAAAUCAUCACCUUACUCCUUCCUCUCCAUACAAAGUGACUAGUGUACAAAACAAAAAAAAAAGCAGAGUAUCUUUUUGUUGUUAACCAGUGUUGUAUACAGAACAUCGCCAACGAAAAAAAAUCUACAGUCCAAUUGCCGAGAUUGGUUGUAGCUUUUUUUUAAGUUUUUACUUUUUUGUUUAAUUUUUAACAAAAAGUGGCACAAAUCGGGUUGGACACCGCUCCUAGAGCAUUAAUGGCUCAACCUAGGUAUGACGAUGGCCUGCACGGCUAUGGUAUGGAUUCGGGUGCUGCAGCAGCUGCCAUGUAUGAUCCACAUGUUGGUCAUCGGCCGCCUGGAUUACAAGGCCUACCAUCACAUCACUCACCACACAUGACACAUGCUGCUGCAGCAGCGGCCACAGUUGGCAUGCAUGGCUACCAUACAGCUGGUGCGGCUGGUGGCCAUGGUACACCUAGUCAUGUAUCACCGGUUGCUAAUCAUUUAAUGGGUGCAAUACCCGAAGUACAUAAACGUGAUAAGGAUGCUAUAUAUGAACAUCCCCUAUUCCCGCUGUUGGCUCUAAUAUUUGAAAAAUGUGAAUUGGCCACAUGUACGCCCAGAGAACCUGGUGUGCAAGGUGGUGAUGUAUGUUCGUCAGAAUCGUUUAAUGAAGAUAUUGCAAUGUUUAGUAAACAGAUCAGAUCACAAAAAAACCUACACAGCAGAUCCCGAAGUAGAUUCACUGGUAAGUAA